GAGAUCCGGUUGGUUGCCCCAGGCCCAGUACUCGGGAGGGUCCCGGCAGCUGCGCUCCCCUAGACACUGCCACAGCCCGAUUCAUUGAGGUCCCGGCAUGAAUCGCAAGAAGCUGCAGAAGUUGACGGACACAUUAACUAAAAAUUGCAAGCAUUUUAAUAAAUUUGAAGUGAAAUGUCUUAUACAACUUUUUUAUAACUUGGUGGGAGAUGUAACAGAGUGGCAAGGUGUGGUCAUUGGACUGGAUCGUAAUGCAUUUCGAAAUAUCUUGCAUGUGACAUUUGGAAUGACAGAUGACAUGAUUAUGGACAGAGUAUUCCGAGGUUUUGAUAAAGACAAUGAUGGCUGUGUAAAUGUAUCAGAAUGGAUUUAUGGAUUAUCACUGUUUCUUCGAGGAACUUUGGAAGAAAAAAUGAAAUAUUGCUUUGAAGUUUUUGAUUUGAAUGGUGAUGGAUUCAUUUCAAAGGAGGAAAUGUUCCACAUGUUGAAGAACAGCCUUCUCAAACAGCCAUCUGAAGAAGACCCUGAUGAAGGAAUUAAAGAUUUGGUUGAGAUAACACUUAAGAAAAUGGAUUAUGAUCACGAUGGGAAGCUCUCCUUUUCAGACUAUGAACGAUCUGUGAGAGAAGAGACUCUUUUACUGGAAGCUUUUGGACCAUGCCUACCUGAUCCAAAGAGCCAGAUGGAAUUUGAAUCCCAAGUAUUCAAAGAUCCAAAUGAAUUCAAUGAUAUGUGAAUACCUAAAUGUCUGUGUUGUCUCAACAGUAAAUAUAGACUUCUGCACAGAAUGAACACUCAACAAAUACAAUGGAUUGAAAAGUACAAACUCAAAG